UGCAGAAAGCACUGCCUGCUCCUGGUCUGAUGCUGUGGAUGCUGCCUGCCAGACACUGCUGCAGACUCCUGGGCUGCCCUUGAAGGCAAUUUACCAAUGGUUAACCAGCCAGCAAGGAUUUUCAACUGAAAUCCCUGUGGAAGAUAUAAGUCUAAGAGUUGUUUUGGUGAAGACACACUAGAAAGAUAAGACUGAGCAGCGGAGACUCCUCGGCACUGGUGGUAGCUGAAUUACAGCUGUGAGACGCUGCCAAAAAGCCUGUGUGGAUCCUUGGUAAAAUGGAUGCCAUGCACAAGCUGAAGAUUCUGGUGAUGCUUCUGGCUCUGGCUGUUUUCGUGGCUGUAGUGAUACUGAAUGCUGGAGAUGCCACUGGGACGUUCAAAGGUCUGUUCAGGUCAACCCCUGGAAACAUCUCGGCCAAGUACAACACUGACUUCACACCAGCUGGCUGGACUUUCCUCAUCUGGAAUGUCAUCUAUGCCUGGCAGCUUGCCUGGCUUCUCUAUGCCUUGUCGGGGAUCUGUCGAAGGAAUGAAUUUGGAUGUGUCUACAUAAAACCAGACUUGCUGCCAAUAUCUUUUUAUGCAGUGUGGAUACUCAACAAUGGCCUCAAUAUUGCAUGGCUGUUUCUGUGGGACCGAGAAUGCCUCCUCCCAGCCCUGGUGCUCCUGGUAGCUCUCACUCUUGCUACGUUUGUCUGCCUCGUCAUUUCACACCGAGCCUUGAGAGCCCAUUCCUCGUGGCUUGUGAAGGGCCACAAAGCUGAGCUCUGGCUCACCCGCAUCCUAGUCCAGAAUGGGCUGGCGCUGUAUGCAACAUGGACCAGCAUUGCCACCCUGCUGAACUUUGCCAUUGUGCUGAUCUACAAGUGGAAUGUGGCCAAUGAGACAGCAACGACUGCUUGUCUCAGCAUCCUUGGUCUCAGCCUUCUAAUAUGGUUUUGUCUAGAAAACUUUGUCCUUGACCAGUAUGUCCGCUAUAACCUCACAGUCUACCCAGUGGUCAUAACAGCUCUGACUGGCAGCGCAUGCAAGAACUUCUUGUUUUCAUUCCCAACAACAAAUGGUGUUUUUAUAGUUGUUCUGCUGGCAAUCACGUGCUUCAUUUUUGCUGUUCGGCUGGGACUUGUUGCAUGGAGACACUUUAGGAGACCAUUGGAAGCAUCAGAAAACCCAGACCCAUAGGGCACAGUGGCCUGAGACCUCUGGCAUACUUUAAAUGGAGAAAAAAGGAUCUGGCAUCUGCUGGUCUGUCCUUCCAGUAUCAAUUGCCUUAUGCUCUCUGUUUCUUCCCCUUCCAAAUACAGAUGCUUGUCUGCAAACCUCUCCCGCUCCUAAGUUCCCUCAGCUCAGCUGCUCACAGCCCCACUUUGAAUCCAUGCCCUUCUUCAUCUGGUUUCACUCAGGAUCAGUGCAGGAAAAGGCCCUUCAGCUGA